AUGAAUAAAUCGAAAACUGAUUGGGCGAAGGACACGCCUUGUAAAAACAUCACGAUAUAUGGCUACUGUAAAUACGAAAAGGAUGGAUGCAUAUUUAAUCACGGCAAAACAGGAGGUGCAACGUUUGCAAAUGCCACUACAACUGGUGGGCCAACUGCAAAUAUUCCACCAGCGGUCACUAAUGCUCCUGCUCUCAACCAUACGAAGUCUACAUUCAAUGUCGAAAAGGCCACCAGUUUUACACCCUCGGUAGCAAUUCCUGAUUUUAGUACCAUUCAGAGUUUUACGCCAGAAAGAAUUAUUUCUCCUCCUAGUACUGAUGCUAAUAAUUCAUCAUAUCCAGCAAACUUCAAUCCUUACGGAUCCGAUAGUUUUAAUCCUUCCGCUACAGUAUCAGGAUCUGCUUCCGCUUCAUACCAAAAUCCAGCUUCCGGGAGCAAUACAGCCCCAGCUCCUCCGCCGCCACCACCACCGCCCCCUUCUAGACCGGGUCCAAUUGCGGCUUCUGGAUAUAUGCCAACGAUUGCCGGAACAACAUUCCCUACAGUCUAUCCCCCAUCCCACUCUAUUCUUCAAUACCACUUAUAUGCUCCAGAUCCACCACCGCAUCUGCAAUUACCACUUAAACCGAAUGAACGUACGCCGGAGACCCUCUUUAUACCUAAUAGCUUGCGAGAACAACUUGUGAAGCGGAAUUUAUCAUCCUUACAGGUGUUUCCUUCUGGUGGUACACUUCCAGAGGUGGUCGGAGACUACUUUGGUCUCGUUCCAUUAGAGUUUCAUAACAGGCAACCUAAUAAAAGUCGAUAUCUUGGCCACCAGAACUCUCUUUACAAAGUCUUCUCGAAUCUUGAUGGUAAGGUAUACAUUAUACGUCGAAUUCAUGAUGUUAAGAUUGUUGAUGUAGCUCAGAUAUCCGUUCCAUUUAGAAAAUGGCAAAAGGUUUCCUGCACCAACAUAGUUCAGAUAAAGGACGCUUUUACCAGUAGAGCGUUUGGAGAUUCCUCGUUGUGUGUUGUGUAUGAUUACUACGCGCAGUCAAAUACACUAUACGAAACACAUGUAGCAAGCUAUACUGUUACACCGGUAACGCAGGAGUAUUUGUGGAGCUAUUUGGUCCAGUUAACAAAUGCUAUCAAAGAAAUACACAGCCAUGGGUUAUUUAUUAAUCGGAUGUGUUUAGAUAAAAUAAUUGUAACUGGUGAUCCUGGUAGAAUUAAACUAAGUGAUUGUGGAAUAUUCGAUAUUCUAUCAUAUGAUAAAAACUGUGAUAUUACUAAGAAACAUCAGCAGGAUUUUAAGGAUUUAGGAUCAAUUCUAUUUGACCUAGCACGCAAAAUGACAUCUACAAAAGAGGAAUCAAUAGAUAAUUUAGACAUUGAUCCGUCAUUCAAAAAGGCUCUAUCUUAUCUACUUUCGGAUGAUAAGAAGGAUAUUUUCGAAUUUACUGCACUUUUUAGCCAUAAAAUACUAGAUGUUAUCAACUCUUACCAGAAAUAUUCUGAGUAUGUUGAACAAAAUCUAAUGCGUGAAUUAGAAAAUGGUCGUUUAUUUCGUCUAAUGUGCAAAUUGAAUUUCAUAUUCGGUAGAUUGGAAUCCAGUUUACAUAGCAGUUGGUCAGAAGCUGGAGAUAAAUUCCCAAUUAUAUUAUUCUACGACUACGUUUUUCAUCAGGUCGAUGAGAAUGGUCGACCGGUAAUGGAUCUUUCCCAUGUUUUGAGGUGUUUAAAUAAAUUAGAUGGUGGUGUCUCAGAGAAAAUAAUAUUGGUUACACCAGAUGAGUUGAACUGCAUUAUUAUUAGCUAUAAGGAGCUAAAGGAUUUAAUUGAUUCAACUUUUCGAUCAAUGACGCAGUAG